UGUCCUUCACUGAACCGCCGCUGUAUCUCGUGACAGUCAUGGCGUGAGUUUAUAAACCCGCAUAAAAACAUACAGUAUUUACUGUAAAACUACAACAACAACAACAGCUGCGACAAACAUGUGGAGGAUUCACAGUUUAGUGAGCAGAGUGUUCAGUCGUUGUUAUGGAAGUGCACAACUGCGUCUCUCGCAGGGUCAUCAUGUGGAGGACGAGGUCAUUAAUUCAUCGAUUCUGACAGCCGGACGACACGCAUCUGACAGCAGUUCUCAGAGGGGGGAAGAUGAAAAUGAGAAAAAGAAACGAACGACUAAAUUCAGCUACACUGGACUGCCAAGAUACACUGCACUGGAUGCUGUGGGAUGGGGUGCAGCUGUGGUUCUGUUUAUGCAGGUCUGUCGCAGGAUUCACUCUCAGUUUUCCACACGAGCGGAUCAGAAUCAUGGACCGGCUCAGAUCAGAGAAGCCGGACCCAUACACAGAUGCACCUACAAAGUUCUGAUUGACAUCUUGUCCAGGCAGGAUGUUUUGUCCAAAGCUGUGACUGUGAGGUGCCUGCGAGAGGCGCUACAGACUCCAGAACAGACUGACAGCAGCAGCAGCAGUGAUCAUAGUCACAGUAAACAUGAAAACAGCAGUGAUGGACAUUUGAUCCCUGACCUGCAGACUGCACACACCUCUCGUCACCAGCGGGUGGAGGCAGUGAGCACUUUAGAGGAAACGCUUUUUCCUGAGCAACCAAACCAAAAGGAAACUCUUUCCCCAGAGGAAGCAGUGCAAAAUUUGAGACAGGUGGCGGACAGCAGUGUACCCACAAUACUCAACAUCAUUGGUUUGGAGAGUGCUAAAGCAGGUAAUUAUGAAACAGCGUUUUCGUGUUUUUUGGCUUCAGCUCAGCACAACUACAGUAAAGCCCAGUUUAAUGUGGGAGUUUGUUUCGAGAAAGGACGUGGAGUAAAGAGAGACCACAAUAAGGCGCUGCAGUAUUACAGACGUGCGGCAGUCGCGGGUCACAGUCAGGCUCAGUAUCGCUGUGCUAAACUCCUCCUGAACAGCAGAGGGCAGCAGAGCUCACAGACAAACACAGAAGAGGCGCUGUCCUUCCUUUAUGCGGCUGCAGACGCUGGACUCACAGAGGCUCAGGUGUAUCUAGGUGUCAUGCUGUCUGAGGGUUCAGAGGUUGAUGAGAGAAAGUGUGUCCAUUAUUUCAGAAAGGCUGCUGAGAGCGGGGACAGCACUGCUCUUUUGUUUCUGGCUCAGUGUCAUGAGAGAGGGUUUGGUGUCUCUCAGUGUAUCAGAACUGCAGUUCAACUGUAUCAUCAGGCAGCCGAACGUGGAAACAAACAUGCCAAAGAUAUCCUAAGAGAAAGAGACCGCAGAGAUGUCCUGCGCUCGAUCCAAUCUUCUCCGUGCUUCUCUGAGAUUGGUCAACUGAAUGUAAACUCCAUGUUCCCUCAAGUGUCAGGAGACGUGAAGCCACGCCCCCAGCAGCAGUCUGAUUGGCCGACGCAGAUGCUUCCUCAUUCCUGGAGUACAGGCAGUCUGAUGACUCUGCCGUCAAUCACAGUUCAAAUGCUCAAUGUUGACACCAGCCACAAAGUCUGGACGCUAGGUGUGCGAUAACAUGCACUUAACCAUGGGAAGUUCACCUUGCGUCAUAUAAUUACCAUCUUCAGCGGCGUUUCGUCUGAGCUAUUGGCUGCACUGUAAAUGCUCACACACAGCUCCCUCUACUGGUGAAUGCUGGCAGGAGAGUGUGGGUGUGGCUUAGAUGUGACACUUGAAUGUUCUCUGCCAAUCAGAGUAGAGCCGGUGAGUUCUGAGCAGGAUGAUUGGGUGAAAAUAGUCGAACAGGCCUGGAUGGAUGUUUUUUUAAAGAAUGGAAAUCCCUCUGUAAAGCCUUUACUGUUACUGUUUACUUUCUUUUGUGUGUCUGGUUAUUAAGACAAAGUUAAUGAAUUUGUCAGUGAGUUUUUUAUUAAGGUUAUGUUUUAUGAUGUUAAAUCUUGUGUAGGUCACCGGGUGGCAUUAUAAGUAAUUUUCUUAUAUAAAGAGCUAUUUGCAAGAGUUUAACUUGCAUUAUGUGUGCAUGAUUGUAUUAAAACAGUUCGCUCUUAUGUAUAUGUCGGGAAAACCCUUGUAAAUACAAGUAAAAAAAAAAGAAAAUGGUAAGACCAACAGCAUUUUACUGCAAAAUUAUUAUCAUGUGCCAAAUGAAACGACUUUAGACUUUAGAUCAGAGAUAUGUGCCUUAAUUAGAUCGUGUAAGUGUGCUUUACACAAAUAAAACAAUCCUAAACAUGCACUUAUAUGAGCCCCAAAUAUGAGAUCUAGUUUGUUCUUUAAACUGUAUCUGUUUGUUUGUCUUUGUUCAGCUCUGUAAAGCUCUUUUGAAAGUAUCUUCAUCUUAAAGCUGUGUCUUCGGCAUUAUGCACAAAUCUAAUACAAAUAAAGACUGCUUUUAUUUUUAAA